AUGCGUGCAUACGCCCUUAUUGGUCUUCUCCCAGUCGUCCUGGGCUGUUCCAACCCGGACAGCAACGCUUGUGCGAGUUACAUCAGUGCUCAUGUCACCGUGUGCUCAAAGUACCUCAAUACCGCCGUCACGGCCACGACAGGAUUGGACAGCUGGGCAAGUAAUUGCUCAAACAAGCCGUCCCAGAUCUCCAAAGAGUGCAGCUGCUACACCACUGGUGGUGGUUCAGGGGCGACGUCGACUUCAACCGCCGGCGGCACUACGACCACUAAAGCAACCUCGACCACCGCCGGCAGUGGCUCCACCCCAACCGGGCUGACGACCAAACUGCCUGCUUCUUCAGGUGCUGUCUCGACUUCCGUAGCCAUUACAGUUAGCGGCAGCUUUGACGGCGGUAUGAAGAAAUACGAUCGCUAUCCGGUUGUCUGCGAAGAACAAACAGAGACUGGCGAGGCAGACGCUAUAUUUGUCCUCAAGAGUGGCGCAACUCUAUCCAAUGUCAUUUGGCAGGAUGUCUGCGAGGACGCCAUUACCUUGAAGCAGGAUAGUGGGACGUCCUACAUCAACGGCGGAGGCGCCUUUGCCGCGGCGGAUAAGAUUGUCCAGUUCAAUGGAUUCGGCACCGUGAACAUCAAGAAUUUCUACGCCGAGGACUAUGGUAAAGUUUCGCGCUCUUGCGGCAACUGUGACAAUAACGGAGGAGCUCGCCACAUUGUUAUUGACAAUGUAGUUGCGGUUGACGGCGGCGUCCUCUGCGGCAUCAAUGGCAACUAUGGCGACUCGUGUACCAUAUCCAACAGUUGCCAGGACGACGGUAAGAGCUGCGAUAAUUACAAGGGAAACAACAAUGGCGACGAACCCACAAAGGUCUCAUCAGGUAAUGAUGGAACUUACUGCAUCGUUAAGAGCUUGAGCAGCAGUUGCUAG